UUUCUCAUAUUUUUAUAGACAUACUCGUAAACCAGAAUUUUAGUGGAAGGUCUUAGAGUUCUUUAAGAUCUUUUAUUUUUAGACUCACGAAAUUUUAAGCUCUCAAGUACAUAGAUUCUCAAUCCUGACAUACUUGAGCAAGCGUUUAAGUCUCUCAAUUCUCACAAAUUUUUCGUCUCUUCGACAAACAACAAACUCAAUGUAGUAAACAUUUCAUUCAAAAUCUCAAUCGUGUUAUCACCACCGGCCGAUCUCUUAUGAAACGUCUUGUACACAUUAUUCACCGGCAAUUCGCGGUGCUCUCUUUUCCCUGGGUUGGUGUUGUCAGGGGGCAAUAAGUCGGGUAACGUCCGGACGAAAUGGCACGAUGAGUUCGGUCGCAACACUCACUCACUAACUUGCUCGCUCACUCACUUUUGGUGGGGUAAACCACGAAGCGAGAUGGUCUCGGGAGCGACUCGAGGGUAUUUUCAUCGUGGCAGUGCAACAUGUGCAGUCAGUGCACCAAUUCGCUUUGAUUCCACACGUCUCGCGCUGUGGCCAAAUCUGUGGCAGCAACGACUGUGGGUCCAGCUAAGAAGAUGUGAGUCGCUUCUGGUGAUUGUUUCCUGUUUGUGUAUCCUAUUGUCAAUUUCCGAUCGAUUGUCGGCGAGGAUCUUGGAGCUUGCUGCGAGCACCUUGUCGGUGAAGAUCAUUAGCAAGAUGCAGGCAGCUGGAUGACGCUACUCGUUGUUGUUUACGUGAUGGCAAUAUGGCGAACAUCAAGGUGGCCGUACGCGUGAGACCGAUAUCUGCUAGAGAAUUAAAUUUGACGGGAUCCGAAGUGGUGAUCCGCGCGGAGCCGAAUGAGAUUUCCUUGACGAAUUUGAAGGUGUCAUCGAGUAAGGCCGGCGAUAGCCGCGAGAGGACCCGGAGAUAUGCUUUCGAUUACUGUUUCGAUUCAUCGAAUCCCGAAGCGAAGAAUUACGCCACCCAAGCGACGAUCUACGAGACACUCGGUCAGUCCAUCCUGGACGUCAUGUUCUCCGGGUACAAUUAUUGCUUGGUAGCUUAUGGGCAGAGUGCGUCGGGUAAAACCUACACCAUGAUGGGCACAAAGGAGGAUCCAGGACUCAUUCCACGAUUGUGCGAAGGAAUUUUUUCAAAAAUCGGGCAGGAAAAUGGCUAUGACAGGAUUUAUCGCGUGACUGUGAGCUAUUUGGAGAUAUAUAACGAGAGGGUGAGGGAUCUCUUACAACCGUCGACGAGCGCGAGUCGACUCCGAGUUCGAGAACAUCCUCGACUAGGGCCCUACGUUCAAGGAUUAACGCUCCACGUGGUCCGCGAUCUGGAAUCGUUGAUGUCAUACGUGGAGAAGGGCACGAAAGCCAGAAAGACAGCCUCGACACUUCAGAAUCCCAGCAGCAGCCGUAGCCACGCUCUAUUGACCGUCGAUCUCACGCGGGAACAAGGCUCGGCCGAUGCCGAACGUCUCUCUGACGGUGACAGCAUCACGUCCUCCGGGAGACAAGACGUUACUCAGCGCGCCGGCAGCAGGUUGCACCUGGUCGAUCUGGCGGGCAGCGAGAGCGCGGCCACCUGCGGCGGCGUUCAUCGACUGAAGGAAGGCGCGAAUAUCAACAAGAGCCUCGUGGCCUUGGGAAACGUCAUAUCCGCACUUGUUGAGAGAGGCUCGACAGGAAGUGGGACAAGCAAACGAUACAUCCCUUAUAGGGAUUCCUCUCUCACUUGGUUGUUGAAAGAUGCACUCGGAGGAAAUGCCACCACCGUCAUGCUUGCCACAAUAUCUCCGGCCAGCGGAAGUUACAACGAAACUGCUCAUACCUUACGAUUUGCGCAAAGGGCGCAGAGCGUGGUCAAUCGACCGGUGGUCAACGAGGAUCCCGUGGAGAGGCUCAUCCGUGAAUUAAGGGCCGAGGUAGCCAGAUUAAAAUCUUUGUUACUGCAAAAGGAUAUCGACCAGCAGACUACUGGCGUACCGUGUUGUUGCGGCAAAGUUCAAAGUUCAAAGGAUUCGACGACGGAUUCUCAGUAUCGCGAGGAACAGGAAUCGCUCAACACUUUGCGAUCUAAACAGUCCGAUUGCAAGGACGAAUUUUCACAAUCAAAGAACGACAGAUCACUCGAUGUGUUUCCGAUCAGAAGGUUUAACUCUAGCGAUAGUUUAACGAUUUGUGAGACCGGUUCUACAAGAUCCGUUAGAAAGUUUAAUUCUUAUGAGCAUCUACAAGUUUCCGAUCGCUUUAUAAACAAUUACAAUCAGGCCAAAGUCACCGAACUAAACGACGAAGAGGACGAAGUGAUAGAUGAAAUUAACGAGCCGGUUUUCGUGGACAUACCGACAUUAGUGGCCGUGCUGAUUAAACCGGACGACAGCUUGCAAGAGUCAUCGACGCAGAUCGAGGAAAUCUGCUCCGAUGAGGUACAGGAAGAUUCGAUCGAUGCCGAUUUCAUAGAAGGUGGCAACGAGGAGUUUGAAGAAACAGAGAAAAUCGAUGUCGAUCCUGACGAUCACAGUAUCUCGGCGAAUUCUUGCAACACCUUGGGCGACUCAGAGGUCGGCGAAUUUCAUAAGACUCCGUCGAGUCCGGCAUCUGUUGGAAGAAGCGGACCAAGAGGUACGUUCAGCAAACAAAACUCGAUCGAUUUGCCGUCGUCGAAUUUAAACGUCUCCAAGAAAUUUGGUUCCAUCGAUGGUAUUAACAAAAAGAAGGACUCAUCGAUCCUCGAUCAUCUUCAGCGAUCGCACACGAAUUUAGACAAGCGUCCGACACUGUCCGAUCGUGGGAAAAAACUCAACAACAUCCGCGAGAUCGAUGAUCGCAAGGUGAAUGCUAAAUCAGGAAGCAUUUGGAAAGCGAUCGGUAGCGACGGCAGCAAGGAUCAUCUGCAGAGGAAGAGCAGUAACGAGUCUGACAAGAGCUUGAAGGAUUCCAAUAUCGGCAAGAUAGGCGGUUACAGCAUCGGCAGAAAACCGAGUUUGGAGAAUCUGAAGAGAAAGACUAGCAAGGAUAGCAGCUCAAGUAGCUCCAAGGACGAGCAGAUUCUGAUUUCGAGCUUGACGCGCGACAAGCUACUACGCAGGAAGAACUCUUUAGAUCAGGAAGCGGCAAACGGUGUACGACAUCACACGGCGAUUCAGCGAGUAAAACGCGCAGACAUCGUCGCGGCAGUUACGGAGAGGCUUUACUCCAGUAGAAAGCUCACGGAAGAGAGCAAUAAUAUGGCGACUAAUAGUGUAUCGGGCACUCGUUCUCCCCCGGAAGGCACCGACGUCAAGGUGUCUAGCAAUCUCAUGGCACGAUCGAGGCUCCAGGAAAUCUCGCGAAAAAUGUUGAUGAAGCGACGAAGAAUCAACGUAGACACGCAGACGGAGACGGCAUCGACGCUCCGUUUCAGGGACACGGCGUCCUUGACGGACGAGCCCAAGGUGGUUCUCCAGGAUGCGGCGGUUCUCACGGAAGAGCAUAUGGAUUAUGACGUGACGACUGUAACCAAUCACCGGUUGCCCGUUCUCAGAGUGAAGGAUAUGGCCACGUUGACAGAUCGGCGACCGCACACCAGCAUCUUCCGUUGCAAGGACGCCGAGAGCUUGGCCAACGAUCUCGAUUUCGACGACUAUGAACUGCACUCGCCACGGAAUGACUCCGGCAUACUUUCUGAUGAUACGCAGAAUUACGCCGAAAGCAAUCUAUCUAGCGCCGAAAUGUCCGAGCUUUAUCCAGAAGCUGACAGGAGGAUACCAUGCACGGACAGUUCGACUAAUACGUUCCUUGCAUCAUCCGGCAGGAACUCGGCAGUGCAAACAGAAACCGGAAAUCGAGAAGUGCCGAGUCGGCAGAAAGAGAGCUUGGAGAACAGAGGUCGCAGUCACUGUUGCGGUCUGGUUCACGAAAUCGGCCAGCGCGUGCCAGUCAACAGUCCCGAGAGAAAUGUCAUCUCCAUAUCUCUACCGGAUAUGAUCAGUAUAACCAUCGAAAGUACGAAUGGUUUAGAGUCAAGAAUUGCUGUGACGGAUGGCAGUGAUGCCAUGGAAGAGAAGCCGCAACCCAUUUCCAGUGACAAGGAAUCUCAGACGGAACAGAUCAAGAACGAGGCUGAAGGAUCUUUCUUAAAGGAUCUUACAGUAAGAUCGACGGCCAUUCAGGCGGACGGUAGAGUCUUCAGGAUUGAAAAUAUCUUUCAAGAUCCAAAAAGCAAUAAUUAUCAUGAUGCGGCUUCUGAUUUAAGGAAGGAAACCAUAAAGAAGUCGAUGGUUUUUAGAAACUCCCUUGGCACUUCUUCCAUUAUUGAAACAAAGGAAAAUGAUGCGAAGAUGGAAUGGGAUAUCCAGGACCUUUAUCAGAAAAAACAGCCGAUCUUGAAAAGUGAUUUAAUGAGGGCUUUUGUUGCCAAAAAACGUAGUUACAGUUUGAAUCCUAGAAGACCGACAAACAGACUUGCUUGUCAAGAUUUAUUGAGAAAUUGGACUUUUCCAUGCUCAGAAUUUAUUGAUUUUAAUAGAGAGAUGAUAAUCAUGUCGCCUACUGGGCAGCAAGACACUGAUACAUCACUAAUUGACAGCUUGCCUUCUUCUGCAGUAAUCAGCGAAUGUACUUCAGCCAAUAAAAUUUUAGAAGAGCCGAUUCACGAAUCAUGCAAACAAGAUUUCGUGAGUAGUUUCGAAGAUUUGAAGGAAUCUGCUUUUAUAAAGGAUCUGCUGGAUUGUGAUAAUAAUUUUUCGGACGACAGUCUUGACGAAGAUAAUAUCACGAAGAGAUCAAUUGUCGUGAAUACGAUGGAUACGCAGAAUCUUAAGAAUUACGAGAGUGUUUGUCCUCCAGAUGUUGUCGCGCAUACAAAGAAAGAAGCUUCAAAGUCGGCAGUUCACAAAGAUUCGAUUAACGUUGAAUCAUCGAUAGAUGACGAUUUCGACGAUACCGAGAUGGAACUCCCGAAGAAAAAACCUGCCGAGGUAUUGGAUAAGAAUCCAAUGCAGGAUUACAAGACGUUGAUCUUAGGAACGUCGUCCUGUCUCGUGGAUAAUGAUUCUGAAGAAGAAGCAAAUAUAACGGCGUCCAGUCAGUCUGAUAACAUUGAGAAAGGUAAGAAGAAGGUAUCCUUUUCGAAUCCCAGCAGUCCCGAAGAAAUAACUGACAUUGUGGCUAACCGCAAAAUCCUGGCACCGAAGCAAAACUUAGUAGCUGUAAAAUCCAUUAUCAAGAAGAUGAAGAAGCCGGCUGUGGCCGAAAACUUGGACAUCGUCCAAUCGAAUGUCGAAGUUGACCAAUCCUUGCGGCAGAAAAAGGUAGAAUCGGCGAAAAGCGAGGAAGUUCUGUCUGCAUCGAAAGAAGAUCAAGAUUCUGAGGACUCUCGAGAAUCGUUAAACGACGAGAAGAAAUUCUCCGAUCAUAACGAAUCAGACAGUAGCGUCAGCGACGAGGAUACUCAAGCAAUGUCGAAGAAGAAAAACAUUUUUGAAGAAUACUUGAAUGAGGCGAUGAUCUUCAUGCGCAACAUGAACUCUAUCAACGAGUACAUGAGUGCCGUAAACAAACUGGAGAGCUGCGGAAAGCGUCACAGGAGACGAGGAAGCCGUCGAGGGAGCAAACCGAGUACGGAUAAAGGUCACACAGAGUUCCGUGAGUGUAAAGUGAACCUAAAAGAUGACACCGACGAGCACUUGCAACAGGACGAAGUUGUUGUCGUCGAGUCCUACGAGAAAUGUCUGAAAGGUAUCGAGAGACUGGAGGCGUGCAUUGACAAAGUCAGCAAACACAACCUGAUCCUUCGAGAUAGAUAUGGCAUCGAGGUCGAGUCUGCUGGCGCUAAAUCGAGUUUAGCGUGUCCCAGCAUAGAUUCCGAGAUGUCUAAUGUCAAGGACAGCGUGAUCCACCAAUGCAAUAUGAGUCUUGAAAAUGAUGCUGAAAGUUGCGACAAGUCAAAUCUUUCUAGGAUUUCCUUGCCCUUUUUGUCUUCCAUUCAAACCGACGUCACGAAACAGCCUACGUUAAAGGAGGCAGAACGACGAGAUCAGAUUAAAAUCGAUGAUUUUGAUAAUAAGAAUAAUAAUAUACCGGAUGACGAUCUGGAGCGCAAGAUUUUCGAUCAAUUGAUGCACGCGGCCGAUUUCAGCAAGUACCAAAGCCCGAGACAAUUGCGACAGAAACGCCUGUGGAAAAUGCGCGAUCUUAGGUCCCGUAGUCCGACAACUUACUCCAAGUUACGGGAGACUUUCCGAAGGGACACUCGUGGAAUCUUUAAUUUCGAUGAAGUUUCCGCCGCCGAAGAUUAUCUCGACGACAUUCGCGGAAUCGAGAGUAGCUCCCGGAAUUUUAGGAAAACGAAACUUUCCGAUCAAACAGAGAAUAUUGGCUCGAAAACAUCGAUCAGUUCUGAGAUCGAUCUUGAAGAAUUUUGCGACCGCAACGAAUUGCCGGAAGAAAAUGAUAAUCCAUUCAAAAUUGAGAUGCCAAUCAUUUUCGAGACAAAAGUAGAAUAUCCUGAUUGUCUGAUAGAUCCUGCGAAGCCGAUUGAACUUGGACACAUGUUCAAUACAGAAGAAGAAAUCGCCCGAAAAAUUACACAGAGAUCAAAGAAUACUUUAAGGCUCGAGUCAGCAAAUCCCAGAUUUGUAGGCUCUUUGAACAUGGAAUUAAAGUAUCCUGGUAGUCCAAGGGCAAAAUUUUUGGAGCUUUUAAAGGAGAGGAGACGAAUUGUAGAAAACAGCAGAGGUACAAAUGCAUUUUGAGAAAAUUUAACAAUCAUGAUAAAUUGUA